AUUUACUAUACUAAACACAAACCCAUUACCUCUUCAUCCUUCCAUUAUCUCUCAUUCUUUUUCUUCACCCUUUCAUCGCGCGACUCGUUGUUUACCUCUGGAUACCCCUCCUUCUCUCCACUCCCGACACGGGCAUACCUAACCGCAUCAAAACGCCACAAUGAGCAAUCGAAAGCGAUCGCGCUCCGUCGGGGAGGAGAAUCGCGCAGAGUGUCCUUUUACAAUUUCUUACGCGCCUGACCCAUCGCGCGCAGAUCAGGAACGUCAUAAGAACAAGAAGCGGAAGCGCGACGGUCAAGAUGACGAUAAACGAGUUCAGAUUCAAAUCUCUCCCUUCUCUCCCACUGGAAGCUUCGAAACCCACGACACUAUGGACCUGUAUUAUACAGUCGAACCUGGAAAGCGAUGGCAAGAUAUGACGCGCUACAACAGCUUCGUCCUUAACAGCAUCAAGUACUACAGCGAGGGCUUCGUCUAUGUCGCCAACGAGUCAACCGUCGAGCACCAAAAGGCCACAAAUGAUGGCAAAGUUGGUUACAAAAAGUCUAAUGAUGAGUGGGUUGCGCGCAUCCUCGAGAUUCGCGCUUCCGAUGAGCACCAUGUUUAUGCUCGCGUUUACUGGAUGUACUGGCCCGACGAACUGCCUCCUGGUACCAUCGACCGCAAAAAGACAGUUCAAGGCCGCCAGCCGUAUCAUGGUACUAACGAACUGAUCGCCUCCAACCACAUGGAUAUCAUCAACGUCGUUAGUGUAACAGCACCCGCAAUCGUCAACCAAUGGAUUGAGUCAGAUGACGAAGAAAUCCAAGGCGCGCUUUAUUGGCGUCAAGCAUACGACUGCUGCAAACCACAACUUUCGUCCGUUGGCAUCAUAUGCAAAUGUGCAGCCCCCGCGAACCCCGAUAAGAUGCUCAUAGGAUGCACGAGCUCGGGGUGUGGGCAAUGGAUGCAUCACGAAUGUUUGACUCAUGAUGUUCUCAUGCAAGUUUAUGAACGACUAGGCACCGACAAGCCUCAUCGAAACGAGGCUGCGAUUUUGAAUGAGGAAAAGGUCAAAGCUACCCGUCCUCUAUCACCAACCGAUGCCGAGGAGAAAGAGACCCAGCCCACGAUCGAUGUCCGCUCUGGAGAGACUAAAUAUAAUGUACACGUAAAGGAGCUUGUUCGAGAAACACCUCUGGGGACCAAAACCUCAACGCCUGGACCAACGCCAUCGAGAUCUAUCACUGCCGCACCAGCCAAGGGAUCAGCCAAGCAGGGCCGCAAGAAGAAGACUGGGGAUUAUAAGCCGUACGCAGGACUCUUUGAGGCUAACCUCAAGAUGCAAGAAGGGCCUACAGCGUGGGAGAUUCGUGACUUACGAGAAAACGUAACGGGCGGCGAGAAGUCCUGGACGGAGAAGGCCUACUGUCUGAUAUGCGGCACUGGUAUCGAAUGACUACUCAAGUAAGGGACCCCAUAACUACACUGGAUCUGUUCAGGUGAGCAGACCCAUCGGGCUUUCGAAGGUGAAAUUUGAGAUUGCGUAGGCUAGUUGUUUGGCUCCCUGACGAUUAUUGUUUGCGUCGACAGCCCAAUCAAGCAUGUAGACCAGAAAUGCGC